CCUUAUUGAUCCGCACUUCAUUCAAAAUUUGGAAUCUGGAUAUGUUUCUGCAAUUUUUAAAUUAUCAAUUCUGUUAUAUAUUUUUAUAUUUAUCCAAUGACCUAUUAUAAGAAUUCGUUCAUAACUCAGUCAUUAUAGUUUUUUGAUUUCAAUAAAAAUGGAGGAUAUAAGUAUGGAUGUAUCCAAUUCGUCGACUAUACAUUUUGACGAAAAUGAUGAUUCCGACGAGUGGGAUGAAAUGGAGUUGAAUGCUGAGCAAACGUCAUGCCUUUUUUGCGAUAAAGUAUUCUUGACUAUUGCUGUUGCCUUAGAUCAUUGUCGAACAGCACACAAUUUUGAUCUACUCGAAUUGAAAACAAAGUUUCAAAUGGAUUGUUAUUCAUAUAUCAAAAUGAUCAACUAUAUAAGAAAAAAUAAAAGUGCUGCUGAAGAAAUUAUGAAAGGGUCAUCUUCAUUGUGGGACAGUGACGAAUACUUGAAGCCUGGAGAAACAGAGAAUUGGUUGAUGUAUGAUUUUGAUGAUUUGGGCACUGCACCAUCUACUCCUCAUUAUGCCAUUGAUGGAAAAGCACCAAUAAGCAAUAUAAGCUAUUCAGAUCUUCAACGCAAAAUAAAUCUCCUUGAAUAUCAGUUGAGAGAAAAAUCUAUUUUACUUGAAAAUGCCAACAAAGCUAUAGACCAAAUGAAGCAAGUUACAAAAACUAUAAUUGAAGGAUCAGAUAGUGAAGUACCAAUGCCAACAACUUGUUCUCUCAAAGGUGAUAGUGACUAUUUUCAAUCAUAUGGACAUUUUGGAAUACAUCAUGAGAUGCUCAAUGAUCGAGUGAGAACAGAGGGCUACAGGGAUGCAUUUUUAAAAAAUACUGAUAGUUUUAAGGAUAAAAUAGUCUUAGAUGUAGGCUGUGGUACAGGUAUUUUAUCAAUGUUUGCUGCCCAAGCUGGAGCUAAGAAAGUGUUUGGGAUUGACCAAUCUGAAGUGCUUUAUAAAGCUAUGGAUGUCGUAAGACAAAAUAAUCUUCAAGAUCAAAUCCAUUUGAUGAAGGAUCAAAUAGAAAAUGUUGGUCUUCCUGUUGAUAAGGUGGAUUUUAUUGUUUCUGAAUGGAUGGGUUAUUUUUUGCUUUUUGAAGGAAUGCUUGACAGUGUGCUCUAUGCUAGAAACAAGUUUUUGGCACCAAAUGGGAGGCUUUUACCAAAUAGAUGCAAUAUCAGUUUAUUAGGAAUAUCAGAUUUAGAUGCCCACAACAAAUAUAUAGGAUUUUGGGAUGAUGUUUAUGGAUUUUCAAUGAAAGCCUUGAAAGCAGAAGCACUCAGUGAAGCAUUUGUAGAUACAGUGCCCAAAGAAAAAAUCAUAACAUCAACACAAGUUCUCAAAGAAUUUGAUCUGGAAACAUGUGAUCAGUAUGCUUGCAAUUUUACCUCCAAUUUUGAUUUAGAAAUCAAUGAGGAUGGUGUCUUGACUGCUUUAGUGGGUUACUUCGACAUAUUCUUCGAUUUACCAAAUUUGGUAAUGUUCUCUACUGGACCCCAAGUUGAAAAGACUCAUUGGCAACAGACCAUUUUUUAUUUGAACAAAGUAGUUGAAGUAAAAAAAGGUGAAUCUUUGAAAGGUACCUUAUCCUGUACUAAGGCAAGAAGCAAUGUGAGAGGGCUCAAAAUUGUUAUAACAUUAGGACAAACUAAACAUCAAUAUUAUAUGUCUUAAAUAAAACUGUUCAUUUUA